GUUUAAAAAUCCUGCCUCGCACCAAGUACAGGAGCCAGACACAUUAUCCUUUCCCUCAACAGAAACUCAGACCCUUUGUGCCAUGGAUUGAAACACUCAGAUGGCAGAGAUUUACAGUGAGAGAAUCAAAGGCUUUGCACAUGGACGUGGAGCAGGGCCCCCAUUGUCCGCCACAAAAUGUUAACGGCCGGAAAUGUUAAUAAUCUGUGCGCAGGGCCUAGGCUCGUGUUGACGAAUCUGAUCCCGACACUUUUGAGUGACUGGUUAAUGGCAUUCCUCACACUUGCUCAAUCAUUGGCCGAGACGAAAGGGAGUCGGGGAGAGAGAGAAUGAAAGUGGACAGCAGUCGGGACCGUCAGCCCUCGGGGACUCCCAAAUGGUCAAGUGCCUCUCAUGACCUUCUUCCUGUCGUAUGCUUCCAGCCCUCAUCCAACUUUACUACCAGCCUUUGAACAGCCCUUUUGAUCAACGCUUUUUUAGGCUGUAGUGUCUUGCAGAGAUUUAGUUUGGAGGCCGAUUCAGACUGCCGCUUACCUCCACAGAGCAACGCCACACCGAUAAGGAAAGAAUCUCCGUCAGGAUUAAAUUUAACCUGAUCUCAGAGCAGGGGAGCUUUGGGACGUUUUGGCGGGCUAGCAUUACAUCGGAUUUUCUUUCUGGUAGAAAGUUUUUUCUACCAUGAAGCAAACUUGGGACAAGGGUGUUUUUGAGAAUGGGCAGUCCAAAAUUCCAGGGAAUGCUGCUAAAACUUCUGUUGAACACCUUCAGAGCGCCUCAGCAGACAAACCUCAUAAUAACUCGGCUCCUUUGGGGGGAGCUCUCGGUGGAGUUGGCCAAAACCUGCUGCUGAGUCCUGCCAGUCUUCAACUGGCUCAGCUUCAGGCCCAGCUUACCCUCCACCGCCUCAAACUCGCCCAGACCACUAAUACCGCUGCCGCAGCCACCGUCCUCAAUCAGGUUCUCUCCAAUGUGGCCAUGUCUCAACCUCUCUUCAACCAACUCAGGGGUUCCAACAUGGCCCAAGCUCACGGUGGAGCCUUCCCACCACCCCCUAUAGCCUUCCCACCCCCAAACUCUGCUCUGGGAACACUGGUUGGUAGUGGAUUCACUCCAAAUCCUACUGGAAUCAGGCCUUGCGCCUACGGUGGGGAGUCCAAUCAGAAGGCCGGCCAGCACAACGAGUACGGUCAAAAGAUUUUGACGGACACGGACCGACGUUUGCAAUUUGGAUAUCUGGGAGGGUCUUCGGUGGUCACUAGUAAGGCAUGUGAUGGUGGACAGUAUGGCGGAGCUUCUACGCAACCCAGAAACAACACCCAGAGUAAUUUUCAAAGAGACUUCUACUCGUCGGAAACCCCACAAUGUGGUUUCACCGGGGGAGGCAAUGAUCAAAAUCUUGCGGCGCUUCCAAAGGAGCAAUGGAAAGGCCCGGUCAACUUGGGAAAAGCAGAGAAGGGGUCCGGUGCUUGGGUUCCAACCGGCAUGGGAUUUGUGGGACAGAGAGCAGAUCUGUACAACCCAGAGGAACCUACAGCAGAUCCUAAGUUCAACUCGACAUGUGGCCCACCAAUAGGACAGCAAGGGGGGUUUCAACAGCAGCCACAGCUUCACCAGGGGGAGAAUGGAACGACGCUGUCCUUACAACCCCACCAGCUCAAUGACUAUCACGGGACGACACCUUCACACCUACCCCAUCAGUGCACCAUUUGUGAGAAGAAGGUUUACAACUUGAAGGACUGGGACCAGCAUGUGAAGGGCAAGUUACAUCUACAGAACUGUUCGCUUUAUACCGAGAGCCAAACGGUCGGAGGAGUGCACUUCCCCGUGUCGUCUGAAGGAUGUCUGAACAUGGCAUUGAGUAACACAAUGGUGUAUUCGUCAGCCGCCGGUCAAGAUGUUUCAACAGGAACCGCUUCAUAUUUGCCUGCCACAGCCAUGAAGUCAUUUCCUGUCUCGGGGGCGGGAUUUAAUUCAAACCAAUCAGGAGCAAAGUUUCUUCAGCGUAAAACGUGUCCUGGUCGUGUCGUCCACAUCUGUAACUUGCCGGAGGGCAGCUGCACUGAGAAUGAUGUCAUCAACUUAGGUCUACCGUUCGGCAAAGUGACCAACUACAUCCUUAUGCGCUCGACGCAUCAGGCUUUUUUGGAGAUGGCAUACAUGGAGGCAGCUCAGGCUAUGGCGCAGUACUACCAGCUGCAGCCAGCUACAAUCAAUGGACAGAAAUUACUCAUACGCAUGUCCAAGAGAUACAAAGAGCUGCAGCUAAAGAAACCAGGUAAAGAUGUUGAGUCUAUAAUCCAAGACAUAAAUUCCCAGAGGGAGCGAGAUGAGAUGCAGGAGACUGACAGAUACCUCCCAGAACGAGCAAGAUCACGCAGUCCGCUGAGCCGUUCUCUCAGUCCACGCUCUCACAGUCCCAGCUUCACGUCUUGUAGCUCUGCCCACAGUCCACCAGGUCCGCCCGGUCGCAACGGCAUGGGUCCGCGUCGGGCCUCCUGGGAUUGGACGUCGCAUUCCCGUGGUGAUGACGACCAUCGCGAGAGAGAUGAAUGGAGGAAUGAUGAGGAAGAGAGACCCAACGGAUGGCUGUCUGAGCGUAGGAAGCCCUAUCUUAAACCGGGGGACCGGAUUAGUCCCCGUAUUGGGCCCGGAGACGAGAGGGGGCGGGACUGGUACCCUCGUGGAAGCCCUCAGGGUUCCUCAUUCUCCUCCUACCACUCCAUAGAAGAAUUUUAUAAGAAAGACUCGCUGUACAAGAGUGAUAAACUGACCAGGUCACAGCAUCAGAGGCAUGAGGGAAAAACUAAAAGGAGGGAGGGUGGAGACCACAGACCUCGACAUUCAGAAUCAGACGUGACGGAUGACAGUCGGAUGGCUGAGGACAGAGGACGCAGCAAAAGGUCGAGCCGGAGGCAGGAGAAAGAAGAAAGAGAAACUGAGAAUCAGAAGGAAGAAAAUCCAGUCAAAGAAAGAUCUCCAUCUCCUCAUGACAUCAAACCUUUAGAGUCUAAUAAGUGUGACAGAAACAGCGAGAGAUUAGAUAGUGGAGAUGAUGAAGAGGGCGAGUGCUGGUAUCCUAAAAGCAUGGAGGAACUACUGACCGUAGAUGAAGUUGGAGGAGAGGACGACUCUAUUGUAGAGCCUGAUCUACCUGACCUUCAAGAAGAGGACCUGGGCGUGGAGACAAAAAAGCUGCCAGCUGUCAACCCUAAACCUAGCGAGGAGACCUUAAAACAGUGCGAGGAACCCACUUUGGACCCUCCUUCUCCUCCGCCUAUAGAUUCGGUCCUAGAAGAAAGCUCCAGUGGUCCACAGCCCAGCCCCAAAGAGAUGUCCCCAACUAAAUCUCUCCAAGACCAGUCAACCUCUCACAUUAACCAGUUCCCCACCCAAGACUUUAAGAUCGCUUUGGAACAAACUUGUACCUACACGGAUAUGGAGACGCAGAUCAACACAUCCACACCGGCCGGGGCACCUAACCAAGACAGCUCGUGUGAAAGUGGGAAAGUGAUGGAUACGCACUUAAGCAAUGAUGAGAACAAAAUAAUAGAGAUGGACAACAAAGAACCACGGCUGAAACAGGACAGUGAGAAGAAAGAUAUUCCUGACUCAUCGCCUGCGCCAUCUCAGAUGACAGACGUCUCGAUAGCCUCACCUUCCCAAGAACGAGAAGAGAAAGCCAUCAGUGAACACAGCAUACCAUUAGGUGUGGAGUUUAUCGUGCCAAGGACAGGAUUUUAUUGCAACUUGUGUGGCUUGUUUUACACCAGCGAGCAAACGGCCAAGACGUCACACUGUCGGAGUACAGUUCACUACAGGAACCUACAGAAGUAUCUGUCACAGCUGGCUGAGGAAAGUCUCUUGAACUUCAACACUGGGUCGCCGAAGGCUGAAUGAAGCUCAGGACUACGACAAACUGAAUGAGACAAAUCCAUCAAAACCCACAAAACACAGAGGAUAAGAAGAAUAUAUAAAUAAAAUAAAUAAUGGAAUAUAUAAAUAAACCCAGUCCCCGUUCAUGAAAUAGAAAGAGCAGAAUCAAAAUUCUGCAAAAUAAUGUUGUGGAUUUAUAAGGAUUGUUAAGUAAGGAAGUGCUUCAAUGAUACAAGAUGUAAAUUUUUGGGCAAACUCUUUUAAGAACACUGUCCUAUACAGGACGCAAGAAAAUAUUUGUAUCCUUGUGUGCGGUAAAAGUAUUUUUUAUUACACUGUGAACAAUAAUCAGAAUGUGAAAGCACUGAUAAGUGUCAUGUUUACAUCAUCUGCCUCAUUACUAGAAACUACUGUAGAUUGCAAAUAUGUUUUGUACAAAUACACAUUUCAGAAGUGCCUAAUUUAAAAUUGAAGAGGUGUAAAAUGAUCCUCAGGUUUAUCAGGGCAUGCUUGUUUUUGUUGCGUUGCUUUUGUUAUUUUUCUGUAUGUAUUGCAUUGUGAUCACUGUUUGGUGUUUCUUUAAUAACUG